CAAAGUUCAUCGAAACCUUUUCAGAUGUAACCGUAAAAUAACUGUAUCUUUACCAGUUCUUGGUGGUAACCUUUCCUCUUCGAACAGAUUCGUUCACCUUUUCCCGUUUAUUCUUCAUUCCAAGUUUAUUCCCCAACGAACGAAGAUGUUGAAUCAUCGUUACGUUCCGUUGAUAAUUUUUUUCUUCGUUACAAAAUCAUCAGUAACUUUUCCUUUAACAAAUUCCGAAUUAACGGAUGCUAAUAAUACGAUAGCUGAGGAUUAUAUUAUCAUUGAUCAACGACAAAAUGGUACAGAUAACGUACGAGUGAAUAUCGAUGGGGUUAUUAUCGCUUUGACCCCGAUUGAGGGAUUAUUUGGAGGUGGGUUAGAGGAUUUAGAUUUUUUGGAUGAAUUUGAUAUCACAACAAAAGCUUCUGUUGGAGGUGGAAUUACGAGUACAGAGAAAGGGGAUGGUACUACCAAAAAGAAAUUGAAACGGAGAAGAAAUGGAAUGUCUCAGUUAAUGAGAACACUUUUUGGGCAUAGAAGAAUAACUUCUAAAGAUAAUUAAAUAAAGAUAACUUUAUUAAGAUUAUUUAAUGUAUUUAUUUUUUUUAUAAUAAACUCAUUGUUUGGUUUGGUUUUUGUAAAAACUU